GGGGUGGUCCCAUUCGCAAGCGAAUGACGGCAGCCAGGAAAUCAAGGGUUGGUUCUGAGGGGCAAACCAUAUCACUUGGGUUACGUCUACCUUUACCACUCUAUGUGUGUCUGUGACAAUCAUGAGUCAUUCCUCUCCAGAAUAACUUUUAAAAGUGAGAUGGGGCACGACAAAGAAGAUUGCUGUCAUCUGCCAUGGCGAAAUGAUCCCCCAGCUUCCCCCUUCUUUUCACAAUGACAAUUGCAUGGCUGCAUUAGCAGUUUUCGGUUAUUAGUUGCCUUUGCGGUAUGCUUCAGGUCAUUGUCCAUCUGCACUGUGAAGCUCAGUCCAAUUACUUUUGAAGCAUUUGCCUGAAUGUGAGCAGUCAAUAUCGGCGGAAACACUUCAGAAUUCAUCCUGCCGCUCAUCGAGCUGGCAUCUGAUACACACGUAUGACAAGUUUAUUGAAUUUAUGACCCGAGUAACAGUAAAAUCACCAGCAGCAAGCUAAUUCUUGCCUCAUAUUCUGCAGCUAUAGCUAAUGGAUUUAUACUCAAUCCAACUGCUACAUUAAUGCAGGGGUACUCAACAUUUUUGACACCUGUUGAUUUGAAAACAAAGCCAUGAUUCUGUUUUAUGUAUGAUAUCUGGAUUUUCUGCCAUCUAGUGGAAGAGAAAUGUCUGUCACUAUCCAUCCCCGUCGUAAUAAGAUGAGAAUAGCUCCCGUUUAGUUGUAUCCAGUAGUGUAUUACAUGUGCGACAAACCAACACAAACGGAAAACACUCGCAAGGAUCACGGAGAAGAAGGACGAUAAAACCGAGGUUGAACUUUAUUUGGAGGAGGGGUGUAAAUUUGGUGCAAAUACAUUGCUCAUUGCAAAAGUAUGUAUGAGCAUUUACUCUAAUGCAUAUAUCAUACUUGCAACGUCAUUUGUUGCUUAUUUGUGAAAUUUGGGGGUUAGAAUACGAUGAAAUGAGGAUUGUGGCGAGAAUAUGAAUGCGGUGUGUUUUCGUAAUUUCACAUUUGCAAACAGGUAAGCAGGUCAUGACGUAGCUGACACCAGGCAGCCCCCACCCCGACGCCCACCCACCGCCGAGCUUGCCUCCCAGUUGCGUCCGUCUGGCCGCCCCGGUUUCUGCUCCGGACUCUUCUCCCCGUUUCCUCCCCGAACCCCUCACUACCAGACUGCCUCCCUCGCUUCCACUGCCCCGGCUCCCGCAAGAACCCCCACUUCCCACUCCACCCCGAGCCCCGUCUCCCGCCCACCCCUCCGCCCGGUGAACGCACCAGCGCGCCCCCGGGUCAAAACAACAUGACGGGCAUCGCCGCCGCUUCCUUCUUCUCCAACUCCUGCAGGUUCGGAGGCUGCGGGCUGCAGUUCGAGUCUCUCGCCGAGCUCAUCGUCCACAUCGAAGACAAUCACAUCGACACAGAUCCUCGGGUCCUGGAGAAGCAGGAGCAACAGCAGCCCACCUACUUGGCCCUCAGCUACAUCAACAGGUUCAUGACUGACGCCGCGCGGCGUGAGCAGGAGACCCUGAAGAAGAAGGUCACGCCCAAACUCUCGCUGUCCAUCACGGGAGCCGUGUCGAGGAACAGCACGGCCACGCCCCCUCGCCACACCAGCGGCAACCUGACGCCGCCGGUCACGCCCCCCAUCACCCCUUCCUCCUCCUUCCGCAGUAGCACGCCGACAGGUAGCGAGUAUGACGAAGAGGAGGUAGACUACGAGGAGUCGGACAGUGAUGAGUCAUGGACUACUGAAAGCGCCAUCAGCUCCGAGUCCAUCCUCAGUUCCAUGUGCAUGAAUGGCGGGGAGGAGAAGCCCUUUGCUUGCCCCGUGCCGGGCUGCAAGAAGAGAUACAAGAACGUGAACGGCAUCAAGUACCACGCCAAGAACGGCCACCGCACGCAGAUCCGUGUGAGGAAGCCGUUCAAGUGCCGCUGCGGGAAGAGCUACAAGACAUCCCAGGGCCUGAGGCACCACACCAUCAACUUCCACCCGCCCGUCUCCACCGAGAUUCUGCGCAAGAUUCAAGGCUAGACCUUGAAGGGCUCCCUUGAAAAGGUCCUCACCUCACAGUAAAGUGCAUGCUUUAAGGUCUUUUUACACGACUAUUUACGUUUUCUAUCCACCUUAUAUAUCACGCGUAUUUCCAAAAGUAUAUCUUUUGUUUUAUUUUGAUUGUACAUUUGCACAUUUCGUCUUUGCUAUCAUCAUUUGAUUUCUCGGUUUGACUUGCAUAAGGUGCUUAAAGAAGUUGAGUGCAAGCAAGCCCAGCCCCCGCACGAUGACGAAGUUACCCGUCAGUCUCCGAUCCAAGUCAGGAAACGCCUUGACUAUUUUGCUUUGUUUGCUGACUUUGGAUUGGUGGCCUCACAGGAACUUCUGGGGUUCUGCCUAAGUUCUAUUUGAAAUGGGUAUGUUGCUAUAUAAACAGUAGACGCAUAUGUAGUUGUGUAUAUAUAUAUAUAUAUAAAAACUAUAAGCUUAUUCACAAGCAUUAUCCAUGAAUAGUUACCUUUUAUUUGCAAACUUUAUUUUGUAUACAGUAUUUUAUUGUCAGUAUUUUGACUUGAAUAGUCUGAAGUUUCAUCGCUAAUAUUUUUCUAAUACUCCGGUUCAUGUUCAAUACUUUCACGGCUUAUUAUGGAGCCCCAGAUAUGACAUGACAAAGUCAUUUAUUAUGAUGUAAAUUAUGGCCACAAUAUGCAGUGAUUUUUUUUUUUUACUUCAGCAGUCUUUAUGACUUUGUUAAUUAACUAAGUUGAAGUGGAUUGAGGAGCUUCAUUUAAACAAGAGAAGUGUGUUGAUGCCAUCUUCAUGUAUCUUGGUGCCAAAUGAAUCAUGUUGAAGUGAAGCAAGACGCUUUUCUACCAUCUUGUCGCAUCGUGGUGCCAAGGCACUUUGUAGAAGUGAGUUGAGGAACUCCAUUUUGACAGUGUUUUGCUGCCAUAAUGCACUUUCUUGGUGCCGUGUUAAACUUUGAGGUGCUUCUGGGGUUGAGGAGCCCCGUUUGGACAAAAGUAUUGCUUUGCAGCUAGCUUGUGGCAUCUGUAUGCCAAGGGGUUUCAUCCAGACUAUGGUAGUGCUUUGCUGCCAUCGCUAAGCGAUUGCCGACCUUCUUUGCGGAGGGCGUAAAUUAUUCACGCUCUCUAUCCCCGUGCAUAGAAAGGAACACUUGAUAAAGAAAACUAAUUUGUGACAAUGGAAUACGAAAUUGCUAAGACUUGUGGAUCCAGAAUUCUAAUUUAUGACCACAAGUUAGGUGCAGGGCGGGCUGCUAGUCGAGUGGUUAGCACGUCGACUUCACAGCGCAGAGGUUCAAUUCCAGCUCCGGCCUCCCUGUGUGGAGUUUGGAUGUUCUCCCCAGGCCUGCGUGGGUUUUCUCCGGGUCCUCCGGUUUCCUCCCACAUUCCAAAAACAUGCAUAGCAGGCUGAACACUCCAAAUUGUCCCGAGUGCGAGCAUGGAUGGUUGUUUGUCUCUAUGUGCCCUGGGAUUGGCUGGCAACCGGUUCAGGGUGUCCCCCGCCUACUGCCCGAAGACAGCUGGGAUAGGCUCCAGCACCCCCACGACCCUAGUGAGGAUAAAGCGGUUCGGAAGAUGGAUGAAUGGAAGUUAUGUGCAACAAAUGCACAAAACACAAAUUUGGGGCCAUAAAUUAAGUGUAAUGUGCACACAAAAUACAAAUUGAUAACAUGAACAUCAUUCCUGAACAGUUGGUAAGCAAAUCGUGCGCACUUUCCCUUGUAGGUUUUUGGCAAGGGAGCGCUCCAUUUGCUUACCCAUAUGUUCAUUUUGUACAUGGGAAGCUAAACAUAUAGAGAAAGUGUAUUGUGCCCACAUUAUUUCUCUAUUGCGCGCAGAAUUUUCCUUUUACAAUAUGCUCAGUCGCAAAUUAUCUUGCGUCCACAAUUUAAGUUUCGCAAUGUCAUAUCUGGGGCCCCGUAGACCGCCCCCCACCCCUUUCUUCGCAUACAGAGCGCCUUGUUGGAUGUGUCAUUCCAAUUGCAAACAUAUUAUUUUUUUUUGUUUUGUUUUUUUCCAUGACGGUUGCCAACAGCUCUUCACUGCCAAACAUCCACCAUACCGUGUGCCUGAUUGGGGUUGGGUGGGAGGGGAGGGGAAAAACAACAGGGCGGCCAUAUCUGUGUGUUCGCCAACCUUAAAAAAAAAAGUGGGUGUACAUUGAAUGUUCUCAUGCAUGCACUCUGAGGUUGAUUUGUACUUAAAAAAAAGAAGAGAUUACAGUAGCAGCGGCAACCUGUUCUGUGUGUUGUAAAUGACAGCAUUCCAGGUGCGUGCGUGUGUGAGUGUGUGUGUUGCGAGUCUGUUUGCAUAUCAAGACAUCAGCCUAGAGUGUUCUUGUGUCGUUUUUGUGUAUGGAUGUCAUGUCUCUGUGCCAGGUCACUCCUGUGGAGCAGGCAGGACAGUAGUGGUGUUAAUCCCUUACAAGGAUUCAUAUUGUCACUCAAUGCCUCUUGAGGAGAGGGGUAGGGUGCUGGGGGGGUGGGGGUAUCAAGAGACAUGAACCACAUGAUCAAAAGAGCAUUGUUUGCCAUGGGUCGUGACAUUUGCACUCAUCCUCCACUCUUCUUUUGUGCAUUAAGAAAAUUCCUCUCCAUGAUCCAGAGCAGCUGUGUCAUUAAAACUCGUCAUGGUAACAACUCCAAACAUGGACCAAUUGUAGGACAGUAUUCCACACGUCGAGUAGGUGGGUGGGGUGGGUGCAACCCCCAGACGCGGGAGUCCCAUAUUUACAAUGUACAGUGAAUGUAUCGUAACAUGUCCUUUCGUUAAGUGCUUUUAAAUUAUAUUUUCGUAUGUAACGUGGACAUAAGUGUUUUGUAUUCAGUGGGGGCUGGGGGGUACUGUCUUUCUAUAUAAAAGAGAAGCUGCUUCAAUGUAAACAGGUACCCACCUGGAAAAAUAAAAUGCAAAAAUAAACGGUCACAUGCA